AUGCUCCGCAAACUCCUCUCCCUCCUCUUCAUCUCCAUCACAACAGCCACCGCCAACACACGCCAGCCCGACCCAGGUCCGAUCAACGACACGAUCUGCACCGUCAAUGUCUUCAAGAUGCUCGAUCCACUCUACCCCGAAAACAACACUCUCUUGAUCUGGCCGAAGGGAUCCUGCUGCACGACGAUUGAUUGCCAGCUUCAAGCCUUCAAGUGUCCCGCCAACCCUGCACACCCGAACCCCGAUGGGAAGGGUGGAGAUAUCUGUUGCUACAAGGAGACGGGCGAUUGGGGGUGA